CCGAAUUAGUAGAUCACCAACCUUGCUCCGGCAUUUAUGAAAUCUUUGGCAUAUAGUGUGCUCCUAACAGUCGGUUCAUUCGGUGUUCUGAGCGGAUUGAUCCUUAGCUCUGCCGGUGGAAAGUGAAUUUGAGUUUUUCCUGGAGGCGAAAAAAGGAACGGGGAAUCGAAUUCAAAAAAAAAAACUUUUGUGCCGUUGCUGAGUGGUGGAAUUUUUUUCUGUGCUAGUGAAAAUUCCCAAAAAGGACUUCGAAAAUGUCGUCGUCAGCCGUAACAACGAAAACGUCCAAGUAUACGUAUAAAUCCACUGGCGGUGGAAGCGCUGAUGUCAGCAUCGAGUACAGCGCUGACUUGAGUGCCUUGUCCAGGCUCGAGGACAAAAUCCGCCUGCUGCAGGAAGAUCUGGAGUCGGAGCGCGGUCUCCGUCAGAGGAUCGAACGCGAGAAGGCCGACCUCAGUGUGCAAGUCAUUCAGAUGUCAGAGCGCCUCGAGGAGGCCGAAGGUGGUGCUGAAAGUCAUUUGGAAAUCAGCCGUAAACGUGACGCCGAACUGUGCAAACUGCGCAAGCUGCUAGAAGAUGUGCACCUGGAAUCAGAAGAAACCGCUCACAUCCUGAAGAAGAAGCACCAGGAAAUCGUUAUCGAUUUCAACGAGCAACUCGAAUCACUGACCAAGGCGAAACAGAGGAUUGAGAAGGAGAAAUCCAAGCUACAGACCGAAAUCUACGAGCUGUUGUCCCAGAUCGAGAGCAUUUCCAAGGAUAAGACCAUCAGUAUUAAAACUAUUGAGAAACUGGAAGUGCAGGUGACUGAACUCAACAUUCGCAUCGAAGAGCUGAACCGCACCAUCGUCGACAUCACCUCCCACAAGACCCGUCUGUCCCAGGAAAAUAUCGAUCUGGUUAAGCACGUUCAGGACCUGAAGAUCAACAUCGAGAGCAUUACCUUCUCGAAGACCCAGCUGAACAGCCAGCUCGAGGAAGCCAGACGCCGUCUGGAAGAAGAUGACCGUCGCCGCUCUAUCCUGGAGUCCACCCUGCACCAGAUCGAAACCGAACUGGAAUCGGUGCGUCUGCAGCUGGAAGAAGAAUCCGAGGCUCGCCUGGAUUUGGAACGUCAGUUGGUGAAGGCUAACGGUGAUGCUGGAACCUUCAAGUCGAAGUACGAAGCCGAAGUUAUGGCUCGCACGGAGGAAGUCGAAGAAAUUCGUCGCAAGUACACCGUCCGCAUCCAGGAAUCCGAGGAACACAUUGAGUCCCUCCAGCUCCGAUUGAGCAAGCUCGAGAAGGAGAAGAGCCGUCUGUCCAGCGAAAUCGAGGUCCUCAUCAUCGACUUGGAAAAGGCCAACAAUGGCAUCCGCGAAUAUACCAAACGUAUCGAAAUUCUCGAGAGAACCAAUAUCGAAAUCAAGACUCGUCUGGAGGAAACCAUUACCCUGUUCGACCAGUCGCAGCGCGAUCUGAGACAGAAGACCCAGGACUACCAGCGCCUGAGCCACGAGCUGGAUGCUACCCGUGAGCAGAAGGACCAGCUUGGCCGCGACAACAACAAGCUGCAGAAGGAUCUUCAUGAGGCCCGCACCUCCGUAACCGAGCUGACACGUCGUCUUCAUGACUAUGAAGUCGAGCUGCGUCGUCUGGAGAACGAGCGUGAGGAGCUAACCGCCGCCUACAAGGAGGCAGAGUCUGGACGCAAAGCUGAAGAGAAGCGUGCUCAGGCUUUGUCCGCUGAGUUUGGCCAGUUCCGUCACGAUACUGAGCGCCGUCUGUUGGAGAAGGAAGAGGAGAUCGAAGUUAUUCGCAAGCAGACCAGCAUCGAAAUCGAACAGCUGAAUGCUCGCGUCGUCGAGGCCGAGACCAAGCUGAAGAGCGAAGUGCAGCGCAUCAAGAAGAAGCUGCAGAUUCAGAUCACCGAACUGGAAAUGUCCCUGGAUGUGGCCAACCACACCAACAUUGAGCUGCAGAAGACUAUCAAGAAACAGUCCCUUCAGCUGACCGAAAUUCAGGCCCACUACGAGGAUAUCCAGCGCCAGCUGCAGUCCACCGUGGAUCAGUACGGCAUUGCCCAGCGUCGUAUUCUGUCCCUGACUAGUGAGCUGGAAGAGAUUCGUGUCAACUACGACAGCUCGCUCCGCUCGAAACGCCAGGUUGAGGUUCAGCUGGAGGAAGCCAGCUCCCGUAUCAACGAGCUUUCGGUCAGCAACGCUAACUAUGCUUCCCUCAGAAGCAAGCUUGAACAGGAACUGCAGACUCUGGCUGGCGACUACGAAGAAGUCUCUCGCGAGCUGCGUGUCAGCGACGAGCGUUACCAGAAGGUCCAGGUUGAACUUAAGCACACCGUUGAAUUGCUCCACGAAGAACAGGAAAGAAUUGUCAAGAUUGAAACCAUCAAGAAAUCCCUGGAAGUCGAAGUCAAGCAACUUUCUAUCCGUCUUGAAGAGGUUGAAGUCAACGCUGUCGCCGGUAGCCGUCGUAUCAUCAGCAAGUUGGAGGCCCGUCUGCGUGACAUUGAAGUCGAACUUGAGGAGGAGAGAAGGAAGCACGCCGAAACCAUCAAGAUUCUGCGCAAGAAGGAACGUUCGGUCAAGGAAGUAUACAUCCAGAUUGAAGAAGACCAGAAGAACAUCCAGAUACUGCAGGACGCCCUGGAAAAGUCCAACCAAAAGAUUGCUGCCUACAAGCGUCAGCUAGUCGAACAGGAACAAUGUUCGCAACAAAGUGUCACCAAGGUACGCCGCUUCCAGCGCGAGCUCGAAGCCGCUGAAGACCGUGCCGACGUGGCCGAGAGCAACUUGCACCUGGUUCGUGCCAAACAUCGUACCUUUGUUACCACCUCCACCGUGCCCGGAUCUCAAGUUUACCUAGUCCAGGAAACAGUCAGAACCGUCAAUGAGUCAUCGUCUUAAAUUUCCCUAACAAAAAUUGAUGAGGAAGGGGAGCCCCAAAACCAUUCAAUCCCGUGACAUCUGGGAGAAGUGGCAUAACGCACCAAAUUAUCUUUCAUUUUCAUCAUUUCCGUUUUGUUUUGUUAUGUUUUGUCCAUCAGUUAUUUUCUGUUCAACCCUGUUUUAGUUUCUGUUAUAUCAGUUGAAAGUUUUGUGUAGCUUUUUAUUUACCAUUUACCAACGCGCACAAACGAUCGAAUGAAGAAGAAAAAACAAUCUCUUUAUAAAACCAAGUUGUUGUUAACCAUCGCACCCAUAACAAGUGGUAUUUUUCAUACAAUGAUUCCCAAGAUAUAAGCCCGCACUUACGAAGAAAUGUGAAGCUCUUACUAAGCAAACAAAAAACAACUAGCCGCCAUUUUGAACAACAUUCUUACUAGAUGGAAAAGAAGGAAAAUACAAUGGGUAGAGGAAACAAGAUGAAGCAAGAACACCGCCUAUAUGAUAAUUACUAGCAAUCUUACCAACCGUAAGCAGGAGUUAUGAGAUAAAGAUCAAAACAUUAUAUUACUUUUGUAUAUUAAUAAUCUUUAUAAUGAAUGAAUAUUAUUGAUUCAAUAAAACCGGAAACAUAAGAA